AUGUGCGACGUGUCAAACUGUGGGUGGACACUGGACACCGGACAGCCGGCUUAUUUUCGUUUGCCUAUAGGAUCCGAGCCACGCUGGAACGAUUCUAUAGUAAAAGCUUUAUUCGAGCAGUCCAAUCGAGUACAGUACCAGCGUCAGUCAGCACGAUUCGUUCGACUGGGAGAGCAAUUUCGAUGCCAUCUUGUCUUCGUAUGGAUUAUUUCAUUAUUAUUAUGUCACGCUAAUGGACUGGAUGAUUCAAAGAGUGUUUCUACGUUAAAAUGUAGCGCUGGUUCGUGCAAUUCGUUGAUUAUUGUUAGCACAUUGGAUGGAAAAUUAACCGCUCUAGACGCUAAAGGAAAUGGGCAAAAACAUUGGAUUUUGCAUUCGUUAUUAGGACCUCUAGUCUCUUCAUCAACAACGACCGUCAAGAGAGAAGUCGAUGCCCCUAAACUGAUUCCCUCUCUCGAUGGCCAUAUAUAUUAUCAAGAAAGAGGACAUGUCAAGUUAAUGCCGUUUACAGCCGAAGAUAUGCUCUCCAGAUCGUACAAGGUCAGCGAUAAGUCGGUUCUUUCUGGCAGCAAGCACGUGCAUCUGUAUGGAAUAAACUAUGUAACAGGAAAGAUUCAGUAUAUAUGCACUGGGGAAGGUUGCAAGUCUUCGGGAACUGAAGCGGUUGCUGAUGAAAUCUUGAUUGUUAGACGGGAACAAGAAGGUCUACGAGCUGUUGAUAUGGUAUCUGGAUCAGAAAGAUGGAAUUUAACUGUUGGACAGUAUAAGCUAUCGUUACCUAAUGAAGACGAAGAGCAUCAUUGUGAUUCUGACGGCAGGGCUACGCCUGUUAGUAUUGAAACAAAUGAUGGGGAAAAAGUAUACAUCAGCUUUUCCAAAAACAAAGUAUAUGCAUUCUCAGGAUUGGGUUCCCUAAGUGACCUUAUUUGGGAAAAAGAGCUUGAAGCUCCUGUAGCGACAACCUGGGUGUUAUCAAAUGGCAAGCUGCGUCAAAUUGAUAUGGUCCUUUCUGGUACCGGAAACUCACAAGGAAUUGACUUCUCAACCUCCUCAUCGACUGAUUCAAAUCAUAAAACUACCGCUUUAUCCCGUGUAGAUAAUGCUAUUUUUAUGUACAUAGGAACUUACAACAAUCAGCUGUACAUAAAUCCAACUAUCGAUUCAUGCACCGUUAAUAAAAUGAAAGCAGCUGAUACUGCUAGAAAAGAACUUCUUCAAAUGAGGGAUCAUCUGACGAGCGGAGAUGAGAAAACAUUGAUUACUAGUGAUUUUUCAAAACUAGCGAAAGCCGCUGGAAUGGGUUGGUAUAUGUAUAAACUUUCUGCCUUGCAUAGUAGAACGCCCAUUGUGAAAACUAACAAGUAUGGAAGCAAUGAAAUUGCGUUAAAAGACAAAUCAGUUCCUUAUCCAUUCGAUGAUGGUGAAAUUCUAGUCAGUCAAAAAAAGCCAAAUCAACAGCUAAUUAGCGAUGGAAAUUAUGUUUAUUAUGCAACUAUCAUGGGAAACAUUAAAGGUUCAAUCUGGGAUUGGUGGCUGGAUAGUGAAUUUGAAUUAAAAGAGAAGCUAGGACGUGGUGGAUAUGGUGUUGUGUACAAAGCUAAAAAGAAAUUUGACGAUCAGGAUUACGCCCUUAAAAUAGUGCGAUUGCCUGAUAGGGAUGAAAAACGUGAAAAAGUCUUACGGGAAGUAAAGUUGCUAGCCAAAUUGGAUCAUAUUGGAACAGUACGUUAUUAUAACGCAUGGGUAGAGGAAUCAUCAAGCAGCUGGUCAAAGAAUUCUGACAUACUUGCUAGUGAAGAAAGCUCACGGGCUUUUGCUACCGAAGACGAUAAUGAAAAUUUUGAAACCGAAAGUUCAUUUCAGUCCUCAAACGUGAACCGAAAACUAAAUUAUUCUUGGUCCUAUACUGACCAAAUUACAGAAUUGGAAAGCAAUUCUCUCAAUGGAAAGUUUAAAUCAUCAGUACGAUUUGCACGAAACUCUCUAGAGUUUAGUUUUCGCGGACUAUCAAAGUCGAUCGAUCAUAAUAAUGACAAUAAUAGCGGUGAUGAUACAUCGGGUAGUAUAAUUUUUCAAGAAUCCGGACUUGGAGAAGAAAGUGCCAAGGAUUCGAUGGAAAUUGCCUUUGAGAAUUCGGAAACGAGUGACGACCUUAGAAUGAGCAAUUCCAACUCAGGGAUUGUUUUCGAAGAAGAUGCAAUAUUACCUGGUACUAGUGGUAAACCUUCCAAUAACAGCGUCAUUGGGGCAACAUCAUCAUCCUCUCAUGUUAAUUCAAGUGUUAGAAAAGCGAGAAAACGCCAUCAGUCUUGUCCGACAGAAGUGGUAAAACCACCUAGCUAUUUAUUCAUUCAAAUGCAACUUUGCCACUCUGAAACAUUGGACAAAUGGUUACAAAAAAAUGUUGAAAAUCGCAGUUUUAGUGAAUGCUAUGAUAUAUUUAAUCAGAUUCUAAAGGCCCUAGUCUACAUCCAUAAUAUUGGAUUGAUUCAUAGAGAUUUAAAGCCUGCUAAUGUAUUCUUUUCAAUGGAUGGCCUUGUGAAAAUUGGAGAUUUUGGUUUGGCUAUUGAUUACGGCGACUAUGAUACGAUAGAUAGUUUAUCCCAAAGCACGAGUAAAGGUCAUGAACGUAAAAAGUAUUCUAGAAAUGUGGGCACUAUGUUGUAUAUGAGCCCUGAGCAGGUGUCGGGGAAACGUUGUAGCCAAAAAGUAGAUAUUUAUGCAUUAGGCAUAAUACUUUACGAACUACUUCAUCCAAUGACAACUGGAAUGGAACGAAUUAAACUCUUGUCCAAUUUACGAGAACAAAAUAAAUUUGAUAGUAUGUUUAGCAAGGAGAGACCAUUAGAGGCAAAUUUCAUAAGGUGGUUACUUUGUGGAGACCCCAAAAAACGCCCACUCGCUGAAGAAAUUUUAGCGAGCGAAAUGUACGCUAAGAUUGAAGUUGAAUAA